AUGCGCACUUCACGACUAUCUGUCUCUCGUGAACGCGAUGGAACGACCCUCACUCCUCAAAGGAAACACCGUAAAUUACUUAAAGAUGGCUCCAGUGAAGUGUGGCCAGAAGAGAUAGAGAGAAUAUUCGUCUUCGGGAAGUACUGGGAAUCACCUUGGGCGACUUACUCUCGCGGCAGAAGUCGUUGGAGAAACCAAUUCUUGGUCGAAUACUUACAGCGCGCCGGAAUAGACCGUUCCAAAAAGCAGGUUGCAAGCCACAUACAAGUGCUUCGCAAUAUGUGGAAAGGCGAACAAGAAUACCACUUGGUGGCUGGUGGCGAGGAACUAUUUCUUGAUACCGGUCUCCCCGAGUCUGUCAAAGCAGAGGAGUCACCCGACUCUCAUCUGUUGGCGUCGAUGGUCCUUGAUGAUCAUUCGCCAGUAUCAGACCGUUCCGGUCGUUCGGUAUCUCGUACGUCCCGCUCUAAUCUCCCUCGUGCAAGUCCCGCCAUAAUGGGUUCAAAGACCGAACCCCCAAUUCCGCCAUAUCCGAGUCCCCGGAUACAAACGGCUGAUGACGGAUAUCGUCGCGUAAGGUCGAUGUCCACUUCUGCUGGCGCUGACCAACGGCGACUCUCGCCGCUGGCAUCUUCACUCUGGACCCCUGAUGUGUCGGUCCGGUCAACAGCAUCGCAAUCAUGCCCAAAUGUACCAUAUACUGCGACACGCGCGGACCCAGACUUCAGCCGUGGCUAUGAACGGCUAAAUCAACCCAUGCUCACCGCUGACCAACUAUCAUCGGACCUUCUCCUCUCGAAUUCUCCCCGGAUUCAGAACGCAUCAACACUCUUCUCUUGUGCACUUCGUCUGCCGAUAUUGACAGGAUUGUCGCUUUGGGCAGAGGGCAUGCAGCCCGCCACGGUGCCGGUGGAUGCUCUUUCCUCGCAAACACAGCCAGCGGACCUAAACGCUUCGGUCGUGGCGCUGCGUGUGAAGCUCCGUCUCCCUCCCAUAGAGGCUCCAUACUCUCCGGCCCUCCACGGUUUUCAAGGAUCGAUUACAUGUGACGCUCCACGUACCUCCAGUAUUAGGUGCUCCACAGCUGUUUUCGUUAGAAACCAGUGUGCCUCUCGGGAAAGUAGUUAUUGUUCCGUAAUAGCUGCGGAUGCCACCGGACCUGAAGUACUGGAUCACAUCACCUUACUUUUGCCCGAUUCCCAGUUAAGCCGUAGUCGGUGGAUGGAUCCUAAUAUGCAAGCAUGCAUCAUACAGAAAAUUGUGGUCGAUGAACAAGUCAUAGCAGUCAUUUACUACGAUCUCGACAGAAGGCAGUGUGAAAAUUUGCCCUCUGUGGAGCUCACCGGGUUCCAAAAAUACACCAGCCACGCGGACACCACUCAGGUGCCAACCACUAGUGGUGCCUUCAUACCAAAUUAUACCUGUGCGCCGGGGCACAGUAUACCUCGUACUAUCCAUGCCACUCCAACGUCCUUGUCUCAUGCACUCACUCCUCCUAGUACGGAUUCUUCUCUCCGAGCUGUUCCAUUCCAUGGAUCGCCUUAUAUGAUGUCUUCAUGA